AUGUUUGGAGAACAAGUGAUCAUUGUUCGACUUAUUACAACCGAACAAUUUAUAUUUGUUCGACUAAUUACAAUCGAACAAGUUGCAUUUGUUCGACUAACUACAACUGAACAAGUUGUUUUCAAGAGCAAAGAAGAAUUGCUCGGUUGGGUACGGGACGUUGGAAGGAAAAAUGGGUUUGUGAUUGUCAUCAAGACAUCGGACUAUGGUGGUGGUCAUAGGACACCGAGGAUAUAUCUUGCCUGUGAGAGAAGUGGUCAAUACAGAGCUCAUAAGAAAUUAAAAGGAGAUGAUUCAAACAAAAAAAUUGUGAAGAUAACGGGAACAAAGAAAUGUGGGUCUCCCUUUGAGUUGAGGGCUCGUAAGUUGAUGGCUGAUGAUGAUUGGAUGGUAGAUGUAGCAUGUGGAAUGCAUAACCAUGCUCCUGCUAAACAUUUUGAAGGACAUUCAUUUGCAGGGAGAUUAUCCUAG